GCUGAUGUUCCGCCUACUGUGGUCGCCCCUGAAACCAGCUCUCCUCCAGCUUCUCCUGCAACCCCUGGACCCCCCGAGCGAGGCAGCUACAAUGUCACCAAUGCCACUGAUGCUGGCUGUCUCUUGGCACGGAUGGGACUGCAACUCAACAUUAGCUUUAUUUCGAGCUCUCAUGGCAAAACUGUCCAGGAGGUCUUGAACCUGCAUCCAAACCUGGUUAAAUUCUCUGGAUCCUGCGAUCCAGACAGUGCAACUCUCAUACUCACUGAGGACAACAUUACUCUGACUUUCAGCUUUUCUUUGAAUUCCACAUCAAACAAGUAUCAUCUUAGUGGGUUGGAGUUGUCAGCUGCAUUGCCUGAUAUGGCUAGUAAGUCAUUUUUUUCACCACCAUCUCCCUUUCUCUCCUCUUGCUCUGUCUCUGUUCUAGCUGAGGAGUGUGAUCUAGAUGAGGACGACAUGUUGAUUCCCAUUAUUGUGGGUGCUGCAUUGGCUGUUCUAGUGCUCAUCGUGAUCCUGGCCUACCUUAUUGGCAGGAAGAGAAGUCAUGCGGGCUACCAGACCAUCUAACCUCAUGUAAUCUUCAAGCCAGGAUGUGUAGGCACCACCGAUUUCUGCUCUCAUCUGGACUCAACAACACUACGACAACUGCAGCUGCCUAGUUUUUAACCCGCCCUGCCCUCUGCUGGUGUCUCACCCUGCCACCGCUCAGGUGGACCUGCGCUUCCUGGACUUUUUGUUGUAUUAUGUUAAACAUAGUAUAAUUAAUGCAUACUUAAGGGUGCAGGGAAAAAAAUCAAAGGUGUGUUUGAGGCUCUAGGUCAUGCUAAGUUAUUGUUUCCAGGAACCAGAUUAUUCUUAUCUAGAGGAAUGCCUGGUGUUUGUUGUUAUUUAGGCAUAAUCUGGGUUAGAAAGCAUAUGAUCUGUUUGGUACCUCAUAUUCUUACAUUUAACCUCAUGCGUUUAUUUAUAUAAAUACAAGGAUUUAG